AUGUUAUUAGCGAACUACCCGACAGUACUGUUUCAACACAUAAUUCAUUGCUCAUUCUUUCCCCUUUUCCUUAAAACUGUUUCCUUUACCUCUCUAUUUUCUUUGUCGUUUAUAUCUCUCCGCUCUUUUUUUUUUAUAGUUUCUUUAAUUUCUCCCUCUCUCUCUCUCUCCCUCUCUCUCUCUCUCUCUCUCUCUCUAAUGAAACUAAAACGAGACAUAAUUUCCCAACAACCUAAAUAUUUACCGUUUUCUUUAGCCAUCAAUUCAAAUUUCUUCUCUUUCUGUCAUUAUUUUCCUUCUUGUCGCCUCUUUUAUUUUCUUCAAAUUUCCCUUUUUUUUGUUCUUUUCCAACCUGACGUUGUAGAUAUUUUUCUUCGCCUCGUUUAUCUCUCAUUCUUUUCCAGAACGUUAAACUCUACUAACUUCCCUGCCUUCGUUUUUUCUUUCUUUCUUUCUUUCUUUCUUUCUUUCUUUCUUUCUUUUCUUUUCUUUUUUCUUUCUUUUCUUUUUUUUUUCUUUCUUUCUUUCUUUCCUUCCUUUUUUCUUUUCUUUUUCUUUUUUUUUCUUUCUUUCUUUCUUUCUUUCUUUCUUUCUUUCUUUUCUUUUUCUUUCUUUUUUCAUUUCUUAAUAUUAAUUAAAAAUUUCGAUUUUUAUUUUAUUUCAUUAUUCUAUCAUGGUCUGUAUGUAGAUUAUUCUUUCCCGUCUGUAGAUAGAUGA